AGUCUUGCACAGGUGUCCCGGCUCCUCCCCUCCAGUCCUGCACAGGUGUCCGGGCUCCUCCCCUCCAGUCCUGCACAGGUGUACCGGCUCCUCCCCUUCUAUCUUGCACAGGUGUACCGGCUCCUCCCCUCCAGUCCUGCACAGGUGUAUCGGCUCCUCCCCUCCUGUCCUGCACAGGUGUACCGGCUCCUCCCCUCCUGUCCUGCACAGGGUGUACCGGCUCCUCCCCUCCAGUCCUGCACAGGUGUACCGGCUCCUCCCCUCCAGUCCUGCACAGGUGUACCGGCUCCUCCCCUCCUGUCCUGCACAGGUGUACCGACUCCUCCCCUCCAGUCCUGCAUAGGUGUACCGGCUCCUCCCCUCCUGUCCUGCACAGGUGUACCGGCUCCUCCCCUCCAGUCCUGCACAGGUGUACCGGCUCCUCCCCUCCAGUCCUGCACAGGUGUACCGACUCCUCCCCUCCAGUCCUGCACAGGGUGUACCGACUCCUCCCCUCCAGUCCUGCACAUGUGUACCGGCUCCUCCCCUUCAGUCUUGCACAGGUGUACCGGCUCCUCCCCUUCAGUC